UUCCAACACGAACCUCGUCGCGCGCGACAGGGCUGAAGCUCUGCGAGAGCCGGCCGGCCCCCAAGUCUCUCCAUCUGUUCAUCCCGCAGCUCGCCUAUCUGCCGUGCUUUGGUAACGACAACGGUGUCCCACCCACGUUCGUGGCGGGGCUGAUGGGGGAGCCUGGUCUGUGUUGCAGAUUAUUAUACGUAUUGUACGAAGUACAUGCGCAUGAAGCGGUGUCAACGGGUCCGUGACGAUCCCCCCCCCCCCCCGCCGGCGAGCGCACGCCUUUGCCGGGCGACACCAUUCCCAUGGGGGAGGCAUGGACGCUACAAGGAAUCCGUGGGCGGUUGGGCGUCUGCAGGCCGUGCUGUAACUGUACCGACGGCAUUGUCCGCGCACGGGCGCUCGUGGAGCGUCGUCAAUUGCCGAACAAUGACGACGUUGGAGGGGGCGCGGUACAGGUUAUGUCGUGGCUGCCAUCGAUUGGAGUGUCCGAUGUGGCGCGCAUGCGUGUAAUCUUUAUUAAAAAAUAAUAAUAAAAAAGUAGGCGACGGACGGAUGCCGGGCUGCGGAGAUGGUGAUUGAUGCCUGCCUGAGGAAGCACCUCCGUAAAAGCACCAUCGCACAGUCUACCUAGGCAGGUACGUACUUACUUCAUACAAAGAAGUUGGAAAGAACAAUGGCAGGCCCCAACGAUGGCUCCUGCCUGAGAAGUGUGAGGCCUAUUCGUAGCGAGCGAUAGGCGAGUCGAGGGUUCCGGUUCAUCGGUUCGCGCACUACCUUCCUAGACACUCGCCGCCGGCCGCAGCAUCAGAGACAUGAUGGGUUACAGUCUCGUGCGCCAUCGGCCAUUUAUGCGCCUCCCCGUCUUACCCCGGGUUCAGAUAGCUGGGCAUCUCGUGUAACGGCACCCGCUCGUCUAAACCUGCAAGCCGAUUCGACGACAUGUUCCAGUGCACAGUGGCUCGGUUUCAACGCUACGUACAGGGUGCGCGUUGUUGGAGGUUGUCCUGCAAUGCUCUCUGCUAGACGCGCGAGCCAACCCACGGAGCAACCCGCGCUAUCGUCGAAUGUUAUAUAAAGAAGUGACGAGACGCCUCCGAUUGAAAUUUGGCCUCGGUCGCUCACAAAGACAUCGGCAGUCAUGGCAUGAUGCCGACGGCCGCUUGUGUCUACUCAAUAUGCGCUUCACGUUCCCGCUUCCUCUGCUCCUACAUUUGUUGCCGCCACUUGGGGCCCUUGCCCAGACAGUGGCCAGCAGAGUAGCUCCCCGCGUCGUGAUUGUCUCCAUGUGGACGCCAGAGGCACAGAUUUGGCUCAGGCGGUUUCCCGAGUCAAACCUUGGCAGUCUCACCGCACACUCCGUUGCUAUUCCUGGCCUUUCCAUGUUGUUUCCGCAUGUCUUUUGCACGGACGACUUUCAAGCAUGUCAAGUUACCUUGGGCGAGGGAGAAAUCAAUGCCGCCGCAUCCAUGAUGGCUCUCGUCCUGUCGCAAACGUUUGACCUACGUCAGACGUACUUCCUUUUAUCGGGAAUAGCAGGUGUCAAUCCCAAGUACGCGACAAUCGGAAGUGUUGCUUUGGCUCGGUUUGCCGUCCAGGUGGCCUUGCAGUAUGAGAUUGAUCCGCGCUCCUUACCAGUUGACUGGCCCACGGGAUACAUAUCGUACGGACGUGACCAGCCGCUCGAGUAUCCGGUCAUUACCUAUGGUACUGAAGUGUUUGAGCUCAACGACAAUCUACGGGAGGCAGCUUUUAGUCUUGCGUCCAAGGCCGUGCUUGCGGAUGGCGACACCUCGCGCCAGUACCGCGCGAGAUACGGCGCCGGCGCCGGCGGUUUCCCCGAGGCUUCGCGUCCGCCAAGCGUCGUGAAGUGUGACAUUGCAACCAGCGAUGUUUACUACUCGGGAACGAAGCUGGCCCAGGCCUUUGCAAACACCACCAGUAUAUGGACCAACGGCACUGGCACCUACUGUAUGAGUGCCCAGGAGGAAAACGCAACCCUGGAGGUUUUGGUUAGGGCGACAGUGGAGAACCUCACGGAUUUUUCGAGAGUCGUUGUGAUGAGGGCAGGCUCGAAUUUUGAUCGGCCCCCGCCAGGGGUUUCGGACCUGCAGCACCUCACCAGCGUAGACCAGAACGGCUUCAGCGUUGCCAUCAACAACACCUUCACAGCCGGGGUUGAAAUUGUCAAAGGCAUCGUCAAUGGAUGGAACUGUACGUUUCGUCAAGGCAUCGCCCCGGCCAACUACAUUGGGGACAUAUUCGGGAGCCUGGGAGGGGAUCCGGAUUUUGGACUUGGGAGCCUGACUGGAGGCCAACCUGCAAGCCCUGCGGGCGAAAGUGGUGACUGGGCUAAGCUGGAAAUGAACCGACGGGAGCAAUUUGGGUUGCGGGCUCUGAUCAAGGCUUAGGCACGUCUCGACGGCCAGGGGGACAGAUGGAAGGACUCGAGCUCAGAUUUUGGCAUGUGUGUCGCUCUGAGUUCAUGGCGACUACUUUCCACCGCCGACUUUGUUGGCUGAGCUUCUCACAACUUUGCUAGGA